AUGCAGAGAGAUGUCGAGAAAGACGAUGUCACGGUCCACUAUAUCAGUGGAUAUGCGGACCUCGCAACCUUCAUAUCCAGCGAUGCCGAUGGCGAUACUGCCAUAUUCAAGAGCUUCAAUACUUUGGCGUCCCGAGAUCUCUUGUAUAUGCAAAGCGAAUUAGCAGAACUGGAAGCCAAGCUCGGCGAUAUGGAUCGAGAAGACGCAAAACACCGGCUGCAGUCCGCAUCAUGGCAGACGAUGUCAACGGCAUCCAGAGACUGGGGUGCUCUCAAGAGCGCGACAGUUUCCUCGCCUUCACCAAUGCAAGCUCAUUUCAAGAAGCGUAUGGAGCACAUCGUCACGAUCAGGCAGAAGCUGAAGGAAUACCGCGAAGCACUUCUUAUGGAAUCUGCAAUCCUGGGCUUGAGGAGGCCCUCGAGACAGGCACACGACGCAUUCCUCCGUCAGUUCUGGAACGAAAAGGACGGCAAACGCAGGAUACCGACCCUUGACGGGCAUAGCGAGUUCAUCUAUGAGGACCGUGGCCGAUUAGUAGCUUUGAAGAGGGUUGAUAACGAGGAUCGGCUUACCCAGCUGCUCCGAAAGCACUGUGCUAGAACCUUCAAGGUUGCUGGCGCAAAGACGCAGAGCACAGGCGUCGAGUACUUUUCAGCGAAGAGGAUCUCGUUAGCGGUAAACCUCAUUACCAUUGUCCUCGCCGCUGGUCUGCUGUUCGGUGCCAUUUACACUCUGUACUAUGUUCGGCGAGACCAGGUCAAGUUGGGUCUGAUAGCCGGAUACACUCUGGCGUUUGCUGUGAGCAUAAGUCUGAUAUCCAAUGCUCGAAGGGGAGAGAUCUUCGCGGCCUGUGCAGCAUACGCGGCAGUGCUCGUCGUAUUCGUCAGCGGUGGCCUGGGAAACAAUCCUGCGCCCGGAUAG